UUUGUUUCGUUUCAGUGAUCCACUUCGAUACGACUUCAUUCCCAUUUCAAGUUCACGACGACGUCGUCCCAAACAUUUUAUGUUUUGGCAUAACUACCAUAUUUCAGUGUUGUGUUGACGCGAGUGAAAGUUCUUCAAAUUCAAACAUUAUGACUGUUGUUUGAAAUCUGUGAAACAGUGAACGGGAAGGAUUGUUAUCCUUUUUAUUUACUUUGCAAUCGUGAGUGAGAAUCAUCAAUAUGGUCCAGGAGUACGUGUCCCCCGUUCGGGUACAUAAGUUUCCCUUCGAAAUGGUGAUGGCUGCGUACGAGAGGCGGUUUCCUAGCUGCCCGCAGAUACCCGUGGUGAUAGAGUGCGUGGUGAUAGAAGACAGCUGGUCAGCGGACAACUCUCAAAGGGACACCACCAGGCGGUGUCAGCUUAAUGUGGAGGCACCUUAUCUUCUAAAGAAGAUGGUGGGCGUGGACUACGUGUACUUCAUCCAGAACAACCACCUGGACCUGAAGAACAGAGUCCUGGAGAUCGAGGCGACCAACGAGACAUUCUCCUCGCGAGUCUCCGUUUUGGAGAAAUGUAAAUAUUUUGUGCACCCCGAGAAUCCAGAAUGGACGUGCUUCGAACAGAGCGCCCUGCUCGACGUGAAGAACUUCUUCGGCCUGGAGAACACUGUGGAGAAGAUCUCCAUGAAACAGUACGCUGCCAAUAUUGCCAAAGGCAAAGAACUUAUUGAGUCGUUCAUGAAGGAGGUCCACGCGGACAACAUCAGAGAGCUGCGGCCGUGGACCCAGGGCGAUGAGAGGAACAACGCUCACCUCCGUGAGGUGGUGUCGCGGGGCGCUCAGCCCAUGUCGCCCAGCAUGGCCACGCCGGUCAGGACACAUUCGCAACCAGAUCAAUACACCCUGGACAGCGACUACAUCAAGCGAAACCUGGGUGAGCUCACUCCCAUGCAGGAGUCGAGGCUACUCCAGCUCAGGAAAUGGAUCGCAGACCUUCAGAAGGGCAAGGUGCCAAGCGACACCACCUUACUUCGCUUCCUCCGCGCCCGGGACUUCAACGUGGAGAAAGCGCGGGAGAUGCUCUCGCAGUCUCUCCUCUGGCGGAAGAAGCACCAGGUCGACAGGAUCCUGUCGGAGUACGAGACGCCGGACGUCGUCAAGCAGUACUUCCCCGGGGGGUGGCAUCAUCAUGACAAGGACGAUCGUCCGCUAUACAUUCUGCGCUUAGGACAAAUGGACGUGAAGGGACUACUCAAAUCUAUUGGAGAAGAUGGCCUCUUGAAGUUGACGCUUCACGUUUGUGAAGAGGGACUCAAACUGCUAGAAGAAGCCACUCGCACCUGCGAGCGAGCCAUCCACUCCUGGUGCCUCCUGGUGGACCUGGACGGGCUGAACAUGCGUCAUCUGUGGAGACCAGGUGUUAGGGCGCUGCUGAGGAUCAUCCAGAUCGUGGAGGCUAACUACCCGGAGACCAUGGGCAGGGUGCUCAUUGUUAGGGCUCCGAGGGUCUUCCCGAUCCUGUGGACCAUUGUCAGCACUUUUAUAGACGAAAAUACGCGCAGCAAAUUCCUCUUCUACGGCGGCAAGGACUACCUCCAGCCCGGCGGACUACUCGACUACAUCCCCAAGGAUCUUAUCCCGGAUUUCCUUGGCGGCCCAUGCAAGAGCUUCGUUCACGAAGGAGGUUUGGUGCCAAAAAGUUUGUACGUGGCCGGAGCUUUCACAGAACGUGACGGUGACCCCCUGAGCGAAGACAGCGUCUAUAGAUGCGUUAGUUUAGGAAAGGGACAGAUCCACGAGGUCAUCGUCGUGAACAGAGACCCGCACAGCGUGCUGACCUGGGACUUUGACGUGUUGCGACACGACAUCUCGUUUGCCGUGUUCCGGACAGAGCACGAGAUUAAACCGGAUGACGAGGACAAUUCCGCUUUGUGCGUAGGCGGCGGCGGUUGCGAAGGCUCUGUCCUGGAGCAGAGGAGCUGGCGCGAGGGAGAGCACUACACCAGGGUGGAGCCGGCAUUGCAUUGCCAUGACGGCGAGAGCAUACAGGGCUCCCACGUCAUGACCCAGUGCGGUAGUUAUGUGCUACAAUGGCGCUGCGAGUUGUUGGACUCCACGCACCGCGCCGCCCAGCUCGUCUACUUCCACGAGACCCUGGACAGCCAUCAGUACAAGGGUUCCAUGUCGAGCCUCCAAUCGGGGACCAGCGGCUUCUCCUGCCUGUCGGGCAAGUCCGCGGCCAGCUCGUGCCCCUCGCGGUGAUGGCCGGCGACGGUGGCGCCGUCGGCGGCCGCAACGCCAUCUACCCCGGACAGCUAAGCUGGAAUAGUUUUAAUUUCAUUUAAAUUUCGAAGUUAAACUUCUUGGUUAUUCUGAAUUUGAAUUGCGAUUUACGACAAAGGAGAUGUAAUAUGUUAAUAUUAUUUUUUUUUUGAUAUUUCUCUUUCACUGUUUCACGCGUUCUUUUUUAAAAUUAAUUUUUUGUAUUUUGUAUACAGUACAGUGCAUCUUUUUUUUUUAUUUUAGUAAAUAUUUUAGCUUAAUGAUAAAUCAAGCCUUGAUUUAAAAAAUUGGUAUAAAUUAAUAGACAUGACGUUAAAGACGUUUAGUAAAAUUAAACAUUAAAUUAAAUUUGAAAUGUUUAAUUCAAAUAUAAAGUGUAAUGACAUUACAUUAAUGUACGUUCGCGUACGGUAAGCAAAAUGGCACUAAAACACUGAAAUCUAGAUUAAUUUGUCGGCGUGUAGUACGUAAGUGCGAAUUUAACUAUUAAUUUGUAAAAACAAUUGAUGACAAAUAUCUUGAAUGUUCGUGCUAAAUCCAGAGCAUAAAAUUAAAAAAAAAAGAACACAAUCAUUGCUUAAUAAAAUCCUUAUUUUGACUUACUAAGAAAAUUAGUAAUAUAUAAUAUUAAAAUUAAAAAAAAAAACGCACGUAAAACAUGAAAUACAAAAGUACAAUUACCUCAAAAAUAUUGCUUUUGUAGCACGCAAUUGCGAUUCCAGCGCCAUCUAGGUAUAUAAAAGUGGAUGAAAAAGUAGUUGAGUAAUAAUUAAGCGGAUACUCAAGGAGUUGAAUACAAUAUCAGACUAAUGACAACAAUAAUUUAUUAUUUAAUACUGUUUUCGUCGCUAAAACAGAUUUUGAAGAUCUAAAUAUUUAUAUAAGAAAUAACAUAACGUUUAAAUUUGAAACGUUUAUGGUUUAGAAAACAUGAAUGUUGCGGCGAAAAUACUAUCAGGAAAUAAUUAAAUUCCUGAAAAUUGAUUAUAAAAUAGAUGAAAGAUCUUGAUUGUUCACUGACAUAUUAUAUUGCGGUACCUACUAAAUAUAAUAAUUUGCAUAUGUAGUAGGUAAUAUAUUUUUUAAUACAUAGACAUACCUUCUCUCUGGUAUUUUAAAAAAUAUUUAUAAUCUUAUAAGAUAUAUAACGUAUCUUAAAAAUCUAAAUCUAUACAAAAUAGUCAUCAGUAAAUUAAAAAAAAAAUACAUUUUUAAACGACUAUUAAAUAUUAAUGGCCAACCUUAUUCUACUAUUCUCUUUGACAUCCAAUAAAAAAAUUACGUAAAAUUUUUACAUCUAUUUAGUAUUGUGUACUUUAAAGCCUAGGACAUAGGUGUUAAAUUGAAAUGGCUUGCAUAAACUUUUAUCGGACAACAUUGUUGAAUAAGUAAUUGCCUAGUUACAACUUCAUCACUUAGAUUGUUACUACAAAUGUUAUUCUUGUCCAUCCAUUUAUAUAUAUAUAAUGCGAAAUUUAUUAAUAUCUGUUACACUAAGCCUAUUGUGAUGAAAUUGUGUGCCGAAAUAGUUCAAAAACGUAUCAUGUACCUAUCCAUAUUAUAUUAAGACCACAAGAGGAAGAGUUUAAAAUUUUUGACUAAUAGCCGAGUGAGAUAUAUAUCGAAAAGGUCGCAUCCGCGGGCAAAACUUAGUCUUAAUAAUACUUUUUUAUCAUAGCGAAUAUUACCGUAAGUAUCUAUUAUAUAAAAUACCUAAUAAAAUAGAUUUUUUUUCUUGUGGUUCUAUUCCGCCGAGGUCACAGAAAUUGACCUAUUUUUCAGAUUUCUGUAGUAUGUAAGAUAGGAAAGUAUCGCAAUCAACCUUAUGUACAUAGCAUAAAGUCUAUUUUUCAAUAAAUAAUCUAGUAAAUUAUAAUAUUGUCAUUUCUUUGGGUCACUCGCAAACGAUUUAAACAUGAAAGGUGUAGACCAAAAAAAAAACUUUAAAAAAGGCCUUUGUGGUUAAGUAGUACAUUUA